CACAAUUACUGCCGCACAUUACGAAGCUCGGCGAGGGAUACGGAGAUCGGGGAGAACUGUUUUAGGACCGCAUGGUGCGAUCUCGGUCCUCUUAAAGAUGCCAGGUCAUUUGGCACGUUUUGUGGUCCUGCUCUUUUUAAUCGUAAUCUUCCUAGCGGUUGGUGGCUACUACACUUAUAUGCACCCGAAACAAGUUCAUCUAGAAAGCUGUUAUUUGAAUGGUGGCUCCUGCCGAGAGUUGUGGAACUGCGAGGACAGGUUCCACAGUCGCGUCCUCACCACCUGCUUCAACAAGCGGAAGAUCUGCUGCAUGCCCUCGAUCCAGAUGAAGAGUCUUCAGGAUGCCGAGGAUUACGCCGAGUGAAGAACUUCCGGAUCGUGGUCUUUUAAACUCGAGAGCAGGCCGAACCGCUUGGAGGAACUACGAUAUUUAUUGCAAGCCUUGUCUUUCAUUGAAUGUAUCAUUUCGUAGGCAAUUUAUAUUGUUGGAAUAAUCACUUGAAAUUGUUAUUCCGGACCGGGUGUUUCUAAAUUUAUAGUUAUUGGUGGCUGUUCCAAAUUAGAUAGUGUUACUUCCUUAUUGAAA